AUGUUCUAUGUCCCUAUGGUGUUUUUCGUCAAAGCCUCCCUCAUCUACAUCAUGAUUCGGGUAUGGAGACCAUACCGUGGGAAGAUCAUAUCCUUAUACACUCUCCUCCUUUUCAUUUUAACGUACUACACGGUUAUCUUAUUUGUCAAGAUCUUCGUUUGCAACCCUAUUCGUGCAUUCUGGGACGUUAAUCUGUCCGGCAAGGCAUGCUUGAAUCGAUCCGCCAUCAUAAUCACCGACUCGUCCAUUAGUGUCAUGACUGACUUGGCCAUUCUAAUUUUUCCUAUCACUUUGGCGUCAACUUUACAAAUGCCUCUUUCCAAGAAGCUACAUGUCAUUGCACUCCUGGGAGCGGGAAGUAUUGCCAUCGCUUUCAGUAUCUACCGAUUGGUGCUGGUCAUCAGCGGAAGACAUGACUCAGAUGAGAUUGAAUUGUUCCUGAGAGUUUUACUAUCCGAGUAG